AUGUUUCGAGGUCCGGGAGUAUUGUCUGAGUUCCUCUGCCCCAGAGGCAAUUGUGAUCGUGUUCAUUGUCGUUUCUUUCACGAGGGAUUGUUGGAAUCACACAAAGUCAGAGCUGGUUGUUUAAACACGCCACCAUUCCCAUGUGAACCACAAGAUUACAAGUUUGCGUUUCCGAGUGAUUUUGGUGUAGAAGAGGACAAUUCUACUAUCUCUUCACACGUUCCACCUCACUCGCUAUCUAUACCGCCUUGUCCUUAUAGAAUCCCUGGCACGUGUGUGAUCAGUGAUCUCCCAGACCUCAACAGAAUUUACUCUAUCAGCGAUUUCGGAUACCUCCCGCAUAUACCACUCGUACAGAGAGCGCCUGUCGACAUGUUCACCCUUUUUGAUUCUGAAUUAUACAAUGGUUCUUAUAUGCAGUCCUCAAAAUACGCUCCGGAGGAACCCGGUUCAGUUAGCAACAACUCAUUUUCAGGAUAUGCACCAGCACCAUCACCGUCAAGCUCAUCACACGCAUUUUAUGCGUUCUCAAGAUAUCCUGGAAAUCACAUCGAACCGCAAUUACAUUCGAAUAAUGAGGAAGGCAAUGGAAGUUCGCUGUCUGACAAUUUACCAAAGGAUGAAACAUCAUGUACUUUGCAAAACGUGCUUGUCUCGGAUGGAGAAAGACAGAGACUUCCUCCUGCUAAUGCCCAUAUUAAGACCUCCACGGCGAAAAAAAUCAAAACUCUUCCUCUGCCAAGGGUUUCAACUGCUCGUACUGUUAAAUCCCGGUCGGAACAGUUCAACGAGUAUGUUGGCGAAGUUGCUCGACUUAAUGAGGAAAUUGAAAGACUGCAAAAAUUACAGGAGCAGUUGAAGCAGGAGGCAAAGAAAAUUGCUGGUUCGUCCGGAGAAAUCCCAUCAAAUGUUAUUCAGAACAAUAAGGAUUUAUUGGGAGGUUGUUCUAGUUCAGAAGAAUCGUCACAUGUCGCCGGUAAUAAUCGAUGUGUUCGAAAAGCAGUUCGGCCUAGGGGAAACCCAGCAGUGGAGUACACCCCGACUCCUCUGGUAGAUCUGGAAAGGAUGAAGAUGGAAGAGCAGAAACGAGAAAAACAAAAGGAGAUUGGGAAGAAACGCGAGCGAACGAAAGAUCGUUCCCUCGGGAGAUUGAAAGCUGAACGUCCAAAACCUAUUCGACAUCCUACAGAGGACGAAGUUUCGACGUUUUUUAGUGGUGACGAAGGAGAACCAAAGCCCAAAAAACCAAGGGUUCAGACAGCGGAGACAUCUAAGAAGUCUGGUUAUCGAGCAGGCAACUCUGAAGAGCUGUUAUCUCCCGCUACAGAUGUUGCACACAAAAAUCCCCAUAACCCAAAAUCAUCAAGUGGUCAGUUUGUGUGUCAGCGAGAAGAAGCUACGGGGGAUUUCAAGAAAUUUGUGACUGCUGUCCCGAGAAGCGUGAGCCAUUCUGCUAAACUCAGUCCUGAUAUUCUGGUCGCUGCAAAGAAACGAAUAGCGAGAGAAAAGGACGAUCGCUCCGUUAGGCUCGUAACACAAAUACGAAAGUUACCUUCAGCAAAGGAACAACUCUGCACCAGGAUGAAUGCAGCGGCGAUGGAGAAGACAUCGUUGCCGACUACCUCGAAGACAGUCAAUCUCACAAAACCUCUGACUCAAGAACAGAUGUACGGUCAUCGGCGUGGAAAUGUCGUUGGAUCGAAUGCCAAGGGAGAGACCCGAACAGCUCGAUCUAUUAUUACGCGCACGGACGCAAGUAUGCCGAAACUGCGAGAUCCGACCAACCAAAAGAUCCCUUAUCCUCUUCGACUAGUGUUUUUAAAGCGAAUUUUCGAUCAGUAUUUGCAGAUGUGUCCGAGGGUUGAAGCUAUACGAAACUCUGAAAUCGAAGAAAAAGCCAUAGUUGACAAAGUUCGUCAUGCGCAGAGCUACAAAGUGGCGAUGAUAAAUUUGAUUGGACGUAUACGGAAUGCGAAGUCUGCAGGUCAUGAGAAGAAUAGAGCUGCUCUUUCACAUGAUGUCGUACUGGCGGGACGCCACAUUAAUGACAUUUCUGUGCGAAUACGAAGCCUGAGUAAGAGCACGUCUGCUCUAACUGAGAAAGAGUUCUACAAUGUGCUUAUCAGGAAGUAUUUGAUGACAGAAGAACAACUCAUCAGAAAUGGGUAUCCUCGAGCAGUAUCGGGUGAGGAUGGUCUGGUCUCAAUUGCCCAGAGUCAUUUCGAGAUUUCCAAGUCGCAGAAAUCGUGGGCGGCAAAAGAAGAUCUGGACCGCCUGUGUUCGAGAUGUCAUAAAGAAUUCCGUUUGGAUCCCAGAGGAACAAUAGUUCACGCUGAGUGCGUUUAUCAUUACAAAAGCCUGCAAAAACGUGGAGGAAUGCGUGCUCAUGUAUCCGAUACUCUGAACGCUGAUGCACUUCGUGAAUUUACUCCGACGCCAGUUUCUCGAGGAGAAGACGAUCCCAGAAACCAUAAGGUGUAUGCAUUAGAUUGUGAAAUGGUCUACGGCGUAUGGGGACCGGAACUGGCUCGUGUUUCCGUUGUAGACAUGGAUAACAAACUGGUACUCGACCUUAUUGUAAAGCCUCACAACACUAUUAUCGACUACAAUACGCGGUUCUCAGGUUUGACCGCGAAUCAGGUGGAAACAUCGACUAUCGAUCUUUUUGAAGCACAAAAUCGUCUUUUCGAAAUGGUCAAUGAAAAAAGUAUACUUAUCGGACACAGCCUUGAAUCUGAUCUUAAGGCUAUGCGGAUCCGACAUGAACGAGUAGUUGACACCGCUGUGGUAUUCGAGCAUAGGCAGGGGUUUCCGUUCAAAAGAGCUCUGAGAAAUCUUGCCAGUGACUACCUUCAGAAAAUUAUCCAAGAAGACGAUAGUGGUCACGACAGUCGAGAAGACUCUGCCACCUGCAUGAGUUUGAUGUUGUUGAAACGUCGAAAUUCUUCAGCUGUGCGACUGCGACACGUCCGCUCAACACUAAUAAACCUACAUUCAGAACUGAGAAAUGGAGUUCUGUGCCGACAAGAAAAAAACGUGUUCGACACUUGCAUGGUCUUUGGUUCUAAUAAAGAUGCGCCUUCAAAUGGCCUUCAUCGUACUCGAAUGGCCGAUGUACUGUGUAGAGUGUUCAGAAGAAUCCUGCUCUGUCAAAGGCGUAUUGUAGUCGAACGGGGAAGAACGCCGGCACCGAUUAUGAAGGUUGUGCUAAACCAUGUGAGUAAUAUAUUCAAGACGCUUUGGGAACAUAAGAAGAAAACUGCGAUCGCGGGAUUUCUCAUCUACCUUGGUGGAAACUAUACAACCACUUGGCAUAUGAACAGUAAGAUACGCACAGCUUACGCCCACCAAGCAAGAAAACAUGGAGAGGAGCCGAUAUCAGCUGAGCAAAAACCUCGUCGGAUUCUAGUACUAGCGAAUGCUUCAUCAAACGAACGCCACGGUUAUGACGAUUUCACAAAGAAUGCUCUGCCGUUGCUGCAUUUGGCUGGUCUCCAAGUUGAUGUUAUCAAGGCAGAUAGUGAGAUGCAGAUGGAAGCACUUGCCGCAGCGGUGGAUUCGCAGGAAGCAGACGCUAUUUAUGUGGUAGGUGGAGAUGGAACACUAGGGAAAGUUGUCACGGGAAUCCUUCGGAAUAGGAAAAACGUUGCUUUACCUCUCGGAAUUUUUCCGGGCGGUUACGAUAAUCUUUCAUUGAGAAGGCUUGCACCGUCGGUUUUCGAGUCGUCCGAUGAUGUACGGAAGAUGUGCGAAAGUGCUAUGGCCCUGAUAGAAAACCAACUAAGAAGUGUUACUGUUUUCGAAUUUACUGUGGCAAACGAAGGAUUAAAUACUGAGCCGAUCUACAGCGUUGGCGAUGUGGGGGCUGGUUGGUUCCGUCAUAUCGAAGAACGGCGACGGAAGCUAUGGUACUUCGGUGCUCUGAGACGGCGGUGGGCUUACCUCUGGGAAAUGUUCAAGCAUUUUCCUAUGGAUAUGGAAGCGAAAAUGCGCUACGAAGAAGUAUGCACUGGUUGUAGUACAUGUCGUCCGUCUGUGAUUUUCGAGCCAUCGGCUUGGCGCUGGUGGCACAUCCUGACAGGUGCACCGCGGUAUCAAGCAUCAGGAGUAAACAAAAACCACUCGGAAGUCAUUAACGAAAACUGCGGACGAAUUGACGAAGUGGAUAUGAGAGGGACUGAUUUGAUCAUUGAGAACGACUCCUCAGAGGUAAAAGAGACUUUUAUGGCUGGAAUGGCGGUGGAAUUGAUCAAUCGUGGUAAUGUCAAAGUGUGGUGA